AUGGCAGUUCUCAAUGGAAAUUACCGCAGCCUUUACGGCGGCGAAUUGACCUGGUCUGAAGAAGACUGGAUAUCAAGUGACGAUCGAGUCCGUGGAGGCCAUUCAAAGUCACAUCUGCGGUGUGAAGAUGGUCAGGCCCUUUUCUGUGGACACCUCGACACAAAGACUCUUGGUGGGGCAGGAUUUGCAUCACAGCGUACAGCUGGAGAGCUGAAGCUCAAUCUCUCAGAAUACGACGGCAUCGAACUCAUCGUCGACCAUCAAGCAAGUGAUGAAAAGAAGUACACCUUCAUACUCAAGGACGAUCUUCUUCCUGAACGCGACGAUGGUCGAGAGCAGUCAACUGUGUCGUGGGAGUAUGACUUUGUUGCAGCAGCAUCCGCAGCCCGUGCGAACGGGCUUGCAAAGCACCAAACAGUCUUCAUUCCAUGGCACUCAUUCACAGCCACGUACAGGGGAAAGCCAAUGAGGGAUGCCGGGAGGCCGAAUGUCGCAUCAAUCAAGCGAAUCAUCAUAAAUGAUGCGAAGGUACAGUCGUAA